AUGACUCCUUCAUUCCUUACCCUCGGCACGGCUGUCCUGGCCUUGACUGGUGAUUCCGUCGCCAAGCAGUUUGAUCUCGAUGACACAUACGACUCCACAAACUUCUUCGACAAAUUUGACUUUUUUGAGAGCAAGUACAGUACUGGCGAUUAUAACGACGUCGACCUCACUUCGGGCUACAUCAACUACCGCACCCGUGCCGAUGCCCAGAAGCUGGGCUUCAUCAGCAACGCCGGCGGAGAGGUCUACGUGGGCCCCGAUACCCAAAACGUCACCGAGUUUCCUGGUAUUAGUCGUUCAAGUGUGAGACUUGAGAGCAAAGCCAUCUACAACAAGUCUCUGAUGGUCGCCCGCUUUUCUCAUCUUCCUAAGCCUUCAAACGGUGCUCCCUGGCCUAAGAAGGGCGAGUUUGACUUUUUUGAGGGCUGGAAAAAUGCAGCUAUCAACAAGCCUGCUGCUCACACCUACCUUACAUCCGAGCAGGGCCAGUGUAUCAUCAGUGAGACAGGGCAGACUUCCAAGGUCGACACGGCCGACUGUGAUCACCAGGCUCCCGGUCAAUAUGCCAACCAGGGAUGUACCACCACAGCCACCUCUACUGACCCGUGGGGCUCCACUGAUGGUGGUAUCUCCUGGACCCAUUCUGCCGCCCCCAAGAAUAUCGACUCCAACUCGCCCGAUACCUCCUCCUGGGGAACUCCCUCCAUGCUCAUCGCCAACGACAAGUGCAAAAUCAACAGCCACUUUUCUGACCAGAGACUUGUCCUGAACAUUGACUUCUGUGGCGUCCUCGCCGGAAAUAAGUACAUCUGGAAGGACCAGUGCGCCGCGUCCACCGGCCACGCCGUCCGCUCCUCGUAUGUCGCAGCGAACCCCGGCGCCUACAAGGAUACCUAUUUUAAGAUCAAGGACAUUCGUGUGUUCAAGGAGGGCAUCAAGCCUGCGACGACCUCUUUGUCCGCUUCUGCUUCUUACUCUGCCUCGAAUUCCACAUCGACAUCUGUCACCAUAUCGUCUGCUUCGAUUGCCACCCCCGUAUCUGCCUCCACCUCCGCCUCAACCACUACGAGCGCCUCCAUCUCUGCCUCCGCCAGCGGCUCAGUCACGGCAAAAGCCACAUCUAUCAGCGUCCCUGAUUCCAAGGCUACCUCUGGCGCCUCUACAACUGCUUCUGCUUCUGCUUCUGCUUCUGCUUCUGCUUCUGCUUCUGCUUCUGCUUCUGCUUCUGCUUCUGCUUCCGCCUCCGUCACUCCCACUGGCCCCAUCACCACAAGUGCUACCGGUUCCAAGCCCACUACCAUCAGCGCGUCCGACACCAUCUCUAUCAAAUUCAAUAGUGUGAUCGAUGAGGAUGUUUGCACCGAGAGCGACACCACCAGCACGAAGACUGGCGUCAGCAGCGAGCAGACCCAGGCGGCUUCGACGACUUCUCCCAUCACCCUCUACACCACAGUUUGCCCCGUCUCGUCCCUCCUUGCUCCCAAGCCCACCAUGCCGCUCAAGGGCAACGAAAAGCCUGAAAUUGGUCCUAGCCCAGGCGUCUCGACCACUACCUUCACCAUCGCCUACACGAUCACCAAGUGCCCGCACUCCGCCACAGACUGCCCCGUCGGCAGCGUCACCACCAAAAUCAUCACUACUCCCGUCGGGCCCCAACUCCGCCCCCGGCGUACCAAGAACCUCUUCAUGGUCUCGUCCUCCGGCGUUCCCCUCAAGCCCAGCGCUCCCGGUGGUAACAUUUCCGGGAACAGUAAGGGCAACGGUGCUAUCCACAGGCCUCCCCCCAGCUUGAACAUUACCAUCCCAAUGACCAAGCCUACCACUCUUACUGCGUCCAAGCCCCCAGGAACGGCCCCAGGUGCGUCGACGACUAGCUGCUCCGACGCCAGCUGCCCUACCAAGCCGGCCAUCAUUGUCAAUGCCACCGUGAAGGUGAGUGCCAGCUUCUUGCUGAUGGCCAUGGGUGUUCUUGCCGCCCUGACUCUGUAG